GCUCUCUAACUUGAAACCAUCGACACCACUCCAGCUCUAUUUUCUUAGGGUAACAUACCGCUGGGGAAAAAGUCUUUGUUGGCAGUAUUCCAAUGCGCACAAUGGCCCAUCGUCAAUGGCUAUGUAGCCUCUGCUCUACGAACUUUACUCGAAUGGAGCAUCUGAGACGGCAUAUUAGAUCCCAUGAAAAUGAAAGGCCAUAUGCAUGCAUGUUCUGCCAGAGAACUUUUACGCGGAAGGAUACAAUGAGACGUCAUGAGAAGAUCUGCAAAACACUGCCAAGUUCUAAUACUGCUCUUGAUGCUUCGAUCCCCGUGUCUCAAAACGAACGUAACCAAGAUCUAGAUGAUACUAUUGUCUUUCAAAGGAAGGACGGAGAAGAAAUCGGGGACAUUGCCGGCCUAAUACCCGAUAUACCUACUUUAUCUGAUUUUGCAGCGCUUGACUGGCUCUACUCGCAGGAGCUAACCCCAGAUAGCAUUAUUCUGGCCGAGCGACUAGAGUUCCUAGCCUACUUCACUAGCGCCAAAGGAAUGGCGACAUUCUUAGACCAAGGUACGCUUAAACAGAGACAGAAUAUGCUACUAGAGUACGAAAAUAAGGCUCCGGGAGAGCUCUCGCUUUCACUGGAGGCAUACAUCUUGCACAACCCAUGGGAAUAUUCACCUGAAGCUACGAUCGACCCUACUGUGGUCAGCAUGGAUUCCAACAGCCCAGACCCCCUUUGUCCUAGAACCCGUGAUAUCAUUCACGACUUGCGAACCCUUAUAUCUAGUAAACCGGAAAAGAGUAUUAUAAAGUUGAACUGGUCCCUGUCAGUUCAGGAAAGAUGCAACUUUUUGUUUGCACCUCACAGCAUACGCCGUUUCCUAGAAUAUUUUUGGUCUCUUUGGUAUCCUAAUUGUCCGAUCGUGCAUCGACCAUCUUUCGAUCUCCAAGCAGCGCCGCUGGGACUAUUAUGUGUCAUGGUCAUCAUAGGGGCUUGUCUGUCGCCUCAUGGUGAAGAUAGGUUGCUUGCAAGAAUGUGGUUGGACAGCGUGGAGGAGUUGGUAUUUAGUAACGAGAUCUUCCAGGAAAGGUCUGUUCUGAGAACCACGCCGCCUGUUCUAGAAAAGCAUAUAGAAUGGAAGAAGAGGCGUGUGGAGUGUAUACAGAUGGCAUACCUGGUAUGCUCAUUGCAGAAAAGAGAGGGGUCUGUCGAGGCGCAGACACGGAUCCGCAGGUACCGACAUGCAACGUUGGUCACGCUGGCGAGAGACAUUGGCUUUUGUGCAUCACAUAAGGAUUUUGAGCCGCCGGGGGAUCCUUCGUUAUCCUGGUGGCGGCAGUUUAUUGUUGAGGAGGAGCUAAUACGGUCCCUAAUAUAUGUCUUUCUAAUAGACGCGGCGCUCGCCACAUUUCAUAACUCACCCCCACGGAUGGUGGUGUCCGAGCUGCAAAUGGAUAUGGCCUGUGCAGAGGAAUGCUUCCAAGCGGGAUCAGCGACGGAAUGCUUCACAGCCUUCAAAGCAUGGAAGAAAAGUAUAUUAUGGUGCGACAAGCUGUCCGUGUCGGGCGUGGUACGACGACUUUGUCAGGGAAGCUUAGACGAUCAUCUCGUGCUUGAGUUUUCUCGAAUGGGGACUCUGAAUAUGUUUACAAUUGUGCAAUCGUUCCACUUGCUCACAUUCAAUCUACAAAACUCGCUUAUAUUCGAGUCUACCUUUACCCCCGUGCAGAGUGGCCUGGAGAACUGGCGACGUAUCUGGAAUCAGAGAAUUCCCGAAGAUAGAUACACGCCGGAUCGCCCGCAGACAAUUUGGAAGAAAAUUGGCUUUGUACGCUAUGCACCGGAAUUUUGGCACUUGGCUCGGAUCAUUGUAGCCAGAAUGCAGUCCGUCAGCCUUGAUGAAGACCAAUCGCCAUCGAGAACCCGAGCAGAAUUAUCUCGAUACGAUCAUACAGAUAUGGUAGAUGUCAAUGGAUUGAUCAUGGAGUAUCGACGAAUGAGUCUAACUGAUCCUCUAUCUAAAUGAAAUUGUCUUUGAGCCUCAACUUUCGGCUAUACAUGUUUAGGAUUCGAUGCCCGUUUGUGAACCUUAACUAUGAAGUCAGUGGGCUUGACGAACCAAUAGUUCUCGGUACACCACUGUUGGUUUGU